CGUCAACCUUUAUUCUCCGUGUCUUCUCUUUCGUUCUUUUCCCUCUGCCAAUCGGUGAAAAGGAAAUUCCUCCACUCUCUGCCGCCGAGCAGGGCAAGAAAGAUUCUCUUCGUACUUGGAUUGGAACCGAGCGCGUGUGUACGUGUGAGUGAGUGGGGGUGAGCUCGUGAUUUUGGAUCUGGGUCUUCUUGUUCUUCGCCGAGAGACGAAAGUAGAAAGAACGCGAUGGGGUUGUCCAGUGAUGAUGAUACCCAGAUGAAGGUGGUGAAUGGGGAUGCUGGGUAUGUGCUUGAAGAUGUGCCUCACUUGUCGGAUUACAUUGAGGACCUCCCUACAUAUCCGAAUCCAUUGCGGUCUAAUCCUGCAUAUGCAGUGGUUAAGCAAUAUUUUGUCGACAUGGAUGACACGGUUGCUCAAAAGGUUGUUGUUCACAAGGAUGGCCCAAGAGGAACCCAUUUUCGACGUGCAGGACCUCGCCAAAAGGUGUAUUUUGAGUCAGACGAAGUGCACGCAUGUAUUGUAACAUGUGGUGGUCUUUGCCCAGGGCUGAACACUGUGAUCAGGGAAAUUGUGUGUGGCCUUUAUCACAUGUAUGGUGUCACCAAGAUCCUCGGAAUAGAUGGCGGUUAUAGGGGAUUCUACUCCAAAAAUACCAUAACUUUGAACCCGAAGAUUGUUAAUGACAUACAUAAGCGUGGCGGUACCAUUCUUGGGACAUCGCGAGGAGGCCAUGAUACUUCGAAGAUUGUUGACAGCAUUCAAGAUCGUGGGAUUAACCAGGUUUACAUAAUUGGGGGGGAUGGAACGCAGAAGGGGGCAGCUGUUAUUUAUGAGGAAAUUAGACGGCGUGGCCUUAAAGUUGCUGUUGCUGGCAUCCCAAAAACUAUAGACAAUGACAUUCCUGUCAUUGACAAGUCUUUUGGAUUUGAUACCGCUGUUGAGGAGGCUCAACGUGCAAUUAAUGCAGCUCAUGUAGAAGCUGAAAGUGUUGAAAAUGGCAUAGGUGUUGUCAAGUUGAUGGGACGUUUUAGUGGAUUUAUAGCUAUGCAUGCUACCCUAGCCAGUCGAGAUGUGGAUUGCUGUUUGAUUCCGGAAUCACCUUUCUAUCUUGAAGGGAAAGGUGGACUCUAUGAGUACAUUGAAAAACGACUUAAAGAAAAUGGACACAUGGUGAUUGUGAUAGCUGAAGGAGCAGGGCAAGACCUAUUCACAAAGAGCCUGCAAUCAAUGAGUCAACAAGAUGCUUCAGGGAAUAAGCUUCUUCAAGAUGUCGGUCUGUGGAUAUCUCACGGAAUCAAGGACCAUUUUGUGAAACAGCAGAAGAUGGCCAUUAACCUUAAAUAUAUAGAUCCUACAUACAUGAUCCGGGCUAUCCCGAGUAACGCAUCAGACAAUGUUUACUGCACACUUCUGGCACACAGCACACUUCAUGGAGCAAUGGCUGGCUUCACAGGCUUCACAGUCGGACCUGUCAAUGGUAGACACGCUUAUAUUCCUUUCAAACGAGUGACUGAAAAGCAGAACAACGUUGUCAUAACCGACAGAAUGUGGGCCAGACUUCUUUCUUCAACUAACCAACCAAGCUUCUUAAGUUCCAAAGAUGUAGCUAAAGCCAAGGAAGAGGAAGAACCACCGACCCAGCUGUUAGAUAGAGAGAACUGUAACGAUGGGAAGACCGUGUAAGUAAAGAAGUUGAGGUUCGGGUUAUUUCAUAACCAGAGAAGCAGGGAUUCUUCUAUUCUCUCCAGACCAAAGUACAUGUCAACACCCAUUUAUUUGGGUAUACCACUUUGAAAUCUCGUUUUUGAUACGAUGUAAUCAAUAGGUGCUUGUUUUAUAACCCCAGAAAACAGCAUUGACCUCGUCUACUCCCCUUAAGUACUUUCGCGGGUCUUUCUUUUUCAAUACAUCUUGAAAGGUUCCGCUGAGAGAAA